AUGGACAGAGUGUUUGCCAAUGGGGGGCUGAAAAGCAGCCGGUCUCAGCUAAGCGUCUCUUCUUCUCCCUCCCUGGACUUGUCCUCCCUGCAGAUCAUCCCGGUGGAGAGGUUGGUGAAGGGGAAGUUCCAGGACAACUUUGAGUUCAUUCAGUGGUUUAAGAAAUUCUUCGACGCCAACUACGAUGGGAAGGAGUAUAACCCGCUGUUGGCAAGGCAAGGCCAGGAUGUGGCCCCCUCUCCAAACCCAGGUGAUCAGAUCUUCAACAAACCCAAGAAACCCAUUGGCACUGCAGUUCCGCAAAGAAUCUCCCCCACGGGUCCCAAGAAUCAAGGCCGAAUGAACAUCACCCCCAGCAAUAUUGUGCGGAAAAAUCCUCCUUUGGCCCGGAAUGGGGGCAGUGAAGCAGAUGCUCAGAUCCUGGAAUUAAACCAGCAGUUGAUGGACCUGAAGUUGACAGUGGAUGGCCUGGAGAAAGAGCGCGACUUCUACUUCAGCAAAUUGCGAGACAUUGAGCUGAUCUGCCAGGAGCACGAGAGCGAGAACAGCCCCAUCAUUGCAGGCAUCAUCAACAUCCUGUAUGCCACAGAGGAAGGCUUUGCCCCCCCAGAGGACGAUGAACUGGACGAAGCCCACCAAGAAGACCAGGAUGAGUACUAGCUGUGUGUGCGCACGUCCACACAUUUUGCUCGCUGUCCCGCCAUGAGAGACCGCCCCACGCUCCUCACUGACCAUGGACGUUUUAAGGUUUCGCAUUGUACAGCCUCGUCCUGCACAGUCACACAUUAUAACCGGUUUCUACCGACACAAGAGGCCCACGGUGAUUUCUGUCUGUUGUGCAAAUCCCGCAGGGAACCCCCAGCUCCUGUGGUACCUAGGCAUCAGUAGAGGGAGGCGAUCAGCACUGUAAAUAGGCCUGUGGGGGUGGCGGGGGGAUGGACGGACGCCUGCUCCGACGCCCCAGGCUCCCUUCUCCCCCUCCUUGCCCUGUCCCAUCCCACCCCACCCCAUCUUCCUUAUUUAUUGAUUUCAGUUGUCUUGGGUGUGAGCGCUCCCAAUCGCUUGUAUUAUAUUGAGAGACAAAUUCUUUGUAUAUUUUUCCGUACUGGAUUUCACUAGCACUUUGCCUGUCAUGUUCAUGCUGAGCCAAGCAAAGCGGUGGCCCCCUUCUCGCUUUGGCGAUGCCAUGAGCAUCAGGGAGGCCAAGCUCAGCACUGGACGCUUCCUCAGCAGGUGGCUGCAAGGAGUGAAGGGGGCGGUGGUUGGGGAGAAGAGUUAGACUUGGAGUAUUUAUUUAUUGGUGGGGUGGGGCAGGGAAGGGGGACUUCAACGAUGCUGCUGAGAAGGUGACUUUCCCAGCCGCCUUUACCUGACAUAUCGAGCGGAAGGGAGAGGAAUGGUUCCGUCUGGGGCUUGGCUGGGCUGACCUGGGGACAUGCCAGUCUAGGAACUGAGAAGGGCGGCUGGAGGCUCCCACCCAGGAACGUUCUGUUCUCCAUCAUCAUCUCUCUUGAGUUCCACCCGAUGUACUUGGGACGGGCCAGAGGAGCAGCUCAGACCUCACCCCUGGUUCCCGCCCACCCAAGAUUUAGUUUCAUGAGGUUUUGACAAAAGGGCCACACCGGCUCUGCCUUGACCCAGUUCCUCGUUUGCAUUGCUUGUUCGAUCACAGACACCGGUGUGCAAAGCCUGCAUCUGCGUUGCGUUUUAUUUAAAAUAAACUUGUGUGGUUAAAAACAAAAA